CCUGUUUCCCCCCGCAGCGCCGGGUGAAGUUGAGUGAGUCACUCGCGCGCCCGGACCGACGACACGCCCGCGCGCGCACACGCCCGGGACAGGGGCAGGAGCGGGCCUCCUGCGCUGCUCCCCUCGGCCGCCGGGGGCCUCCCCGCUCCUCGCCGGCCUCCAGCCCCCUCCUCGCUGCUGCCGAGCCGGCGCCACAUCUGGCCCGCACAUCUGCCGGGCCGGCCAGGCGCGGGGUCCCGAGAGGACGCGGCGCGGAGGCGCAGCCAGGGGUCCGGGAAGGCGCCGGCCGCUGCGCUCGCUCGGGGGCUCGGUCUAUGACGAGCGGCGGGGGUCUGCCAUGGGUCGGGGGCUGCUCAGGGGCCUGUGGCCGCUGCACAUCGUCCUGUGGACGCGCAUCGCCAGCACGAUCCCUCCGCACGUUCAGAAGUCGGUUAAUAAUGAUGUGAUGAUCACCGAAAACAAUGGUGCACUCAAGUUUGCACAAUUGUGUAAAUUCUGUGACGUGAGAUCUUCCACCUGUGACAACCAGAAAUCGUGCAGGAGCAACUGCAGUAUCACAUCCAUCUGUGAGAAGCCCAACGAAGUCUGUGUGGCUGUCUGGAGGAAAAACGAUGAGAACAUAACACUGGAGACGGUCUGCCACGACCCCGCGCUCGUCUACCACGGGUUUGUUCUUGAAGACGCCGCUUCCCCGAAGUGUAUUAUGAAAGAGAAGAAAAUGGAUGGCGAGACUUUCUUCAUGUGUUCCUGUAGCACGGAUGAGUGCAAUGACAACAUCAUCUUUUCAGAGGAAUAUUCCACCAGCAACCCUGACUUAAUGUUAGUCAUAUUCCAAGUGACAGGCGUCAGCCUUCUGCCACCACUGGUCAUCGCCAUCGCUGUCAUCAUCAUCUUCUACUGCUACCGUGUCCACCGGAAGCAGAAGCUGGCCCCGUCCUGGGAGACCAGCAAGCCACGGAAGCUCAUGGACCUCAGCGAGCGCCUGGCCAUCAUUAUGGAAGACGACCGCUCCGACAUCAGCUCCACGUGCGCCAACAACAUCAACCACAACACGGAGCUGCUGCCCAUUGAGCUGGACACCCUGGUGGGGAAAGGUCGCUUUGCCGAGGUCUACAAGGCCAAGCUGAAGCAGAACACUUCAGAGCAGUUCGAGACCGUGGCAGUCAAGAUCUUCCCUUAUGAGGAGUAUGCCUCCUGGAAGAUGGAGAAGGACAUCUUCUCGGACAUCAACCUGAAGCAUGAGAACAUCCUCCAGUUCCUGACGGCCGAGGAGCGGAAGACGGAGUUGGGGAAGCAGUACUGGCUGAUCACUGCUUUCCAUGCCAAGGGCAACCUACAGGAGUAUCUCACGAGACACGUCAUCAGCUGGGAGGACCUGUGCAAGCUGGGCAGCUCCCUGGCCAGGGGCAUCGCUCACCUGCACAGUGACCACACCCUGUGCGGGAGGCCCAAGAUGCCCAUCGUGCACAGGGACCUCAAGAGCUCCAAUAUCCUGGUGAAGAACGACCUGACCUGCUGCCUGUGUGACUUUGGGCUUUCCCUGCGUCUGGACCCCACUCUGUCUGUGGAUGACUUGGCCAACAGUGGGCAGGUGGGAACUGCAAGAUACAUGGCCCCGGAAGUCUUAGAGUCCAGGAUGAACUUGGAGAAUGUCGAAUCCUUCAAGCAGACGGAUGUCUACUCCAUGGCUCUGGUGCUCUGGGAGAUGACGUCUCGCUGCAAUGCGGUGGGAGAAGUGAAAGAGUAUGAGCCUCCAUUUGGUUCCAAGGUGCGGGAGCAUCCCUGUGUCGAAAGCAUGAAGGACAAUGUGCUGAGAGAUCGGGGACGACCGGAAAUUCCCACCUCCUGGCUCAACCACCAGGGCAUCCAGAUGGUGUGUGAGACUCUGACCGAGUGCUGGGACCACGACCCAGAAGCCCGCCUCACGGCCCAGUGUGUGGCCGAGCGCUUCAGCGAGCUGGAGCACCUGGACAGACUCUCGGGGAGGAGCUGCUCCGAGGAGAAGAUUCCCGAAGAUGGCUCGCUGGGCACCACCAAAUAGCUCUUCCAGGGCAGGCUGGGCCAAGUCCAAAGAACAGAGGCAGCGGAAGCUGCCCCUAAGCCGACGGAUGCUUCCUGGAAAACCAGGGCUCACUAUCCUCCCUGUAAGCGAUGGGACUGAGCAGAAAACAGCUGGCCGGGGUGGGUGACAUGAAGCAUUCUAUGCCUUUGACGUUGUCAUAGGAUAAGCUGUGUUAGCAGUUCCUCAGGAAAUGAGAUUGACUUUUAUAAUAGCUAAUAACAUUUGCACUUUAUUAAUGCCUGUAUAUAAAUAUGGAAUAGCUAUGUUUUAUAUAUAUAUCUAUAUAUGUCUAUAUCUAUAUAUAUAUACACAGCCAUACUCUGGAAAGAGAUAAGGAAAAAGAUAAGGUUUUCCCAGGAAAUUGGUUUGAUUGGAGAGCUCCAGAGCUGAGCACAGAAGAAGGGAUCCAUGACAACAUUAGCACUUGACAAUCACAUGUGGGAUGGGUGGUUCUCUGACUACAUGGGGGGAGGGAGGGGCUGGCUGGCAUUAGGAGAGAGGCUCCGUGUCCCACAGUCUGCUAUGGCCACGUUGCACUUGCUUCUGCAAAAUCAUUCCCUGUGUGCAGGCCCUCAUCUGUCCAUGGAGCUACUUAAGAGUCCCACUGUUUGGGGACCAGAUCCUGGGGCUCCUUGUGCCACUGUUUCUCCUGGACUGUUCACUUGAGCUUCAGGCCCCACAUCUGGCCGGCCUCGCACCACCUUCCUCAACUAGCGCAGAAAUGUGGCCCCAUCUCUAACGGUUAAAUAUUCUUGAGCACCGUUUUUGCCUUCACUGGCUGCAGAAAAAUCAGGACAAAUUUCCUUGUCCAUGAAAUCGCUAUACCUUCUACUAAUAUGAUAUAUAAAUAUAUAUAUUUUAUUCCCCCCCCCCAUACCUAUGUUACUCUUGUUCGCUCCCAGCACUUCUCCCUUUCCUAAAAAGGAUCAAAUCUCCCCAGAGUUCCUCGUGUUUAACUUUUCAACGCGCUUGGAGUGAGUCUCCAGCUUUCUAAGCAACACCAGUAGCUUGCGUCUCCCGGGCUCCCGAGUGCCCAAGUGUAUCUUGGUCUGGUGAGAAGGAUUUGAGCUUGAGCUGCGCAAUACCGCCCCAGUUGGGACUGCAUCCUCGGGCACUCUGAGCAUGUGUUUUGCUUGGCCAGCACUGCAUUUCACAAAAUGGAGCCAGUUUUUACAUGUUUGGAGAUUUUACACGUACACACACAAUCUAGAUCCUCAAGUGAGACUAGAUAGCAGAUGGUUUUCCGUUCUCUCUGGCCCACAUCACUCAUAAAAUGAAGGUGUGGAAGCACUUAGAAAGCUGCUUCACUUCUUGAUGUAAACAUUGGCGCUUUCUGCCCACCCCCGCCCCACCCCGGACCAAGGACCCCUGUAAGCUUCCUUCCCCUCUGUAUUAUGGAGGGGGGUCCUUUCCUCCAAGAAGAUUGCAUCAUGAUCACCAGUCUCCAUCACACCAGCCUUCCCAACCUUGCAGAAUCUCCUAGUGAGGAUUCGAGGGUGGGACACAGGAGUCCUAUUUGAAGUUAGGAAAUCCGCGUGGCUGAGAACAAAGAAUGAGCUUUAAUACUCCAUAGGAAACUUGUUCUUCCACAAACAAGUGUCAAUGCUGCAAAUAAUCUUUUUUUUUUUUUUAAGAAGCUACUUAUUUUCUGCCAAAUAUAGGAAUAUUAGAGACUUCGCCGUGAGUAAAUCAGCUCUAUGUGGAUUUUGAAAGAGCUCAUCUCAUUGGGGUUUUAGCAGACAUACUGAAGUUUGGGGUUUGGGAGUAGGUGGAACUUCUAGGCACCCUGUCCCGUGGGGGUGGAGGGGGUAUGAGGGGCUGAAACGUAAGGACAGGUUGGCUACAAUACAUGGGAAGUGCCCAGAAAUUCCGAGCACUUUAAGGCUUGUUGACACCGCCCAAUAGCUGUUGCUCAUUGACCUCUAGUGGCGAAUUUCUAGAAUACUGGUCUAUUAAUGAUUCCAAAGAGCUUUAUCACUUCUGGGUCAGCAUAAACUGGAAUGUAGAAUCAGAUGAUACUGUGGCUUGAUUUGUUUAUGUGUUGUUGUUUUUCUUAUUCGAGAAGACGACCAAGGAAUAAUCUGUAGUUCCUAAAAAUACUGACUUUUUUUUUUUUUUACUACUCUACACAAAGGGAAAGUUUUAUUCUUUUAUGGAACACUUCAGCCAUACUCAUGUAUUAAAAUAGGAAUGUGAAUGCUAUGUACUCUUUUUAUAUCAAAUGUCUCAAGCACUUAUUUUCAUACUGUGCAUCGUUCGUCUUUUAUAUAAAUAAAAUGUUUAUUAGAUUGAAUAAAGCAAAAGUACUCAGGUCA